UUCCUUAAAAACAAAUACAACAAUUACUUUUGGCCAAGAAUUAAAUUUCAUGAUAACGUCACCGUAUCCAAAAGUAUUUGAAGAAGUAUAUGAUGAUUCAACAUUAGAUUUUAUUGUACUUGGUGAUUGGGGAUUUAAUGCAAAUGGUACCGGGCGAAAACACGGUGAUCAAAUUCAUGUUGCCUUCGCUAUGGGAAACAGUUUUUAUAAAAAUUUUAAAAAAGAUCAUCAAGGAGUGAAAAGUAUUGAUGAUCCAAAGUGGAAAAAGAAUUGGUUAGACGUAUACAAAGGAAAAUUAUCAGAAAUGCCUUGGUACAGCGUCGCAGGGAAUCACGAUUGGUAUAACAAUAUAACAGCUCAAGUUGACUAUUAUUGGUCAAGAAAUAAUCGAUUUUUUCUUCCUUCUUUAUUCUACGUUCGCACUUCAGUGUUUGGUCCAGAGAAAACUAAAGUGGCAUGGAUACAUAUUGAUACUAGUAUAUUUUAUUAUAAAUACGAUACUUUAUCCAACAAGAAUUUGUUAAAAAGUAAUCUUCUUAAUUUUGGUGUACAUACUUCAGAAGCUGUUGAGGAAAGAUUGGAUUGGAUUGAAAAAAGUUUAGCAUUGCAAGAAGAUGCUAAAUGGAUUUUCGUUGUAACCGCAUAUUUUGGUGGUCACACUCAUGUUCUAGAGUAUCAGAGUCCGAAGCUAUCAUCACCUGUCGCAAUAUUUACCUCUGGAGCAGGAAGCCGAUCAAGUGGUGGUUGUGACGGUAAAGAUUGGGGAAUGCCUGAAGGAACCCUAGGGUUUUUACAUGCUAAAAUUGAGAGUAAUAGUGAUGAAAUGUCAUUUGAAUUUGUGGAUGCAACUACUUAUAACGCUAAAGUUGUUUAUCAAGGAAAA